AUGUAAAUAGAUGAAUUGCCGGUUGGGUAAUCAAAAAAGAAUUUUAUGUUAGAGGAGUUUCCACCAGGUAAUAUAGCUAUUAAUCAAUUAGAUUUUGAUCCUCAAUAGUAAGAGAAAGUAGAUUUACCAUUAAAGUAACGAAUUAAAUCUAAAGUUUGGAAAGUAAGGCUUUAAGCUUAUGAAGAAUUAGUAAAUGACGAAGAGGUAGAUUGUGAAUGUGUCCUAUCUAUAAUAUAAGAUAUACAUAUUUAAUGUUAAGAGAAAGCACUUUAGAUAGCAUAAAAAUAUUUUGAAAAUCAUAACUAAAUAGAGUCUUCAUAAUAAAAAGAAAUAAUUAAAGUUUUAUUAGAAAAAGUGUUAACUCAAUAAAAAUUAAAAUAACUUGGUCAUUCUGUUGCAAUUUAACUUUUUCCUACUUGUAAGUAAGCUAUUUUUGAAAUCAUAAUUUAAUAAUUGAUGCAUAAAAAUCCAAAAGUUGUUUAAGCUACAAUUGCACUAUUAAUAGAAUUGCUUCAAUAAUUUGGUCUUAAAAAGUUAGAUAACUUAAAGCCAUUUUUUCCUGUUAUGUCUAAAUUAACUGAGGCUUAAUAAAGCACUGUUAAGGCUGAUGCAAUUGUAUUUUAUAAAGAAGUAACAAAAUGGUAUGGAAAAAAUAUUGAAGCUUUUUUUGGAGGUUUAAAUGAGAAAUUGUAAUAAGAUUUAAAAAAAUUGGCUGAGACUAUCACUGAAGUAUAAAAGGCUCCAAAUCAAGAAGGAGAAGCAGAUACAAAUAAUUAAGAAUUAUAUGAUUUAGUUGAAGCUGUUGAAGUAUUUUCAAAAUAUACAGAUUCUUGGUGUGAGAAAGUAUUUUAAUUAGAAAAAUGGUAAGAAAAGAAAGAAUAAUUAGAUAAUCUAUAGAAAUCAUGUUCUGUACCUAAAAUAUUAUAAUCUCCAAAUAUAUAUCCAGUUGUAUAAUUAUUGAAGAAAUUAUUAAAUGAAUAAUAAAUGAUUAUAAGUACUUAAUGUAUAAAGAUAAUUGGAUGUAUGGCUAAUGGUUUAAGAAAGAAUUUUAAUUAAUAUGCUAAAAUAAUCAUGCUUCCAGUUUUGAAUAAGUUAAAAGAUAAAAAAUAAAAUAUUGUAGAUGAAACUAUAACAGCAAUUAAAAAACUGUUUUAUAGUUGUAAUCUUGAUGAAUUGUUUGAAGAAUUGAAAGCUCUAUUGGAUGACAAAGCUCCAGGACCAAAAGUUAAUGUUUUUAUAAUAGUUGAUUAUUAUAUAGAUGAGACAUCUAAAGAUAAAUUGACCAAAAUUUAAUGUAUUAAAUAAUUAGUUCCAAUAUGUAAGAAAUUGACAGAAGAUGGUAAUGCUGAUGUGAGAGCAAAAUCAAUCAUGUUAUUAGCUAAAAUAUCUGCUAAAUUAUAUAAUGGAGUUAUGGUAAUUGAUUUGAAAGGUGAUAAAUACACAAAAUAUUAGAAUUAAGUAAAUAUAUAUAUGGAAGGAAUUAAAGCAUUAUCAGGAAAAGACAUUAUAGAAUAAUAAUAAUAAUAAUAAUUAAUACCUAAUAAAGAAAAUUUAUAAUUAUAACAAACAACUUCAAUUGCUAAUUCAUAAAAAUAAUCAUUAUAAUAAAAUAUAAAUAAACCACUUCAAAUCAAUUAAUAAAAUACAUUUGAAUCUUAAGAUCUAUAAUAUUCUACUACUAUGACUCCAAAUUAAGUUGAUGCCUUCUUAAAAUAAUAUAAAUCAGCUAAAAAUAAAGACUAAAAUGAAUUAGGAAAUAUUUUACUAUAAAUUACAUAAUAAUCUAAAUAUAUUUUAAGUACAACUAUGGAAUUUAUUAUUGAUAAAAUGGCUGAGUAAAAACCAUUAUGUCAUUAAUUAUUUGAUAAAUGUGCUUAAACUUAUAAACCUAAUCAUUUAUCAUAAUUAAUUAAUACAUUUAAAAAUGCAUCAACUUAGAGUUAACUUAUAGAAAUACUUAAUAUUUUAUUAAAAUAUAUACCAUAAAGUGAAAAAAAUAUUGAUUAAUAAAUCAUAUCUGAAUUUCUUAAAAACUAUUAACAUUUAUCUAAUCUAAAGACAAGAUCUUUAGUUUAAGAAUGCCAAAAUGCAUUAAAGUAAUUAUUUGAACCUAAAAAAAUCUAAUCAGAAGAAAAACCUAUGAUACCUUUUCCAUUAAAUACAUUUAGUGAUUAACAUUUUGAAAGAAUAAAAGAAUAAUUAAAAGUCCCUUAAAUUCCUUAAGUUCUCUAUGAAAAGAUGUUUAGUUAUAAUAUAUAAUAAAAUUAAUUAGCAGCUGCUUAUAUUAAAACUAAAAUACCAUAGCCUGGAGAAUUUAGUGAAAUAUUUUUUAAAUGGGCUUAUCUGAUUUCUUGGAUGAAAGAAAAUAUUCCUUUACAAUAAGAAAUUUCAUAAUUAUUCUAGAUUUUAAUAAAUAAACAUAAACCUUCAUUCUAAGAAUAAUAGAUAAUAUUUUCAUAUAUUAAAAUGAUGAUCUUAGUAUAUUUUAGAAAUGGUGUUCCAAAAUUAGCAUAAAGAACAUUGCCAUUAUUAAUGAAUAUAUUGAGUGAAUAUAAAAAAUAUUGUUUGUAAUAGCCUUUAUUAAUUUCAUUUGAAGAUUUUGAUGAAUAAUCUAAUCAACAAGCUAAUCAAUUGAUACAAAUUAUGUCAGAGAAUGCAAACGAUUGGAAUAUAAGUAACACUAUAUAAUAAAAAUAACUUAUUGCUUAAUUAAUAUCUUUUAUUUGGAAAGAAGAAAGUGUUAUCAUUAAUAAAUAAAUAGUUUAAGCAACUCCUUAAUAAUUCUAACACUCUUAAAUAAUUUAGAAACCUUAAAAUAAUGAUAAUAAUUAAUAUGAAGAUUAAAAUUAAAAUUUUUAAAGAUUUAAUCAUUUAUCUGUUGUAGAAUAGUUAAAACCUGAAUAAACCAAUUCAGAGAAGAAGAAUUUUCAAGCCAAAAGUAUACCUUUCAUUGGAAUCCCAAAUAUCCCAUAAAUUAACUCUCAAAUUAAUAGUGGAAAUAAAAAUCUAAUUCAGUAACAAUAAAAUAUUCCAAAUUAAAUGGAAAUUGAAUUUGAUUAGAAUGCUAGAAUAUUUUAAUAGCUUUAUUAUAAAUAUAGAGAAACCAAUACUUUUGAAAAUCCUCAUUAAUUAGCAGAUUAGAUAAUAUUUUUGUUAAAUAAUUUCAUCAAAGAAUAAUCAUGUGAUAAUCUUAAUUAGUUAUUAGAAAAACUGAUUCAUAUAUUAUCAUCAGGAUAAUUUUUGAAAUUUAUAUCAUAUGAUAAAUUUUAUAUCAUAUUUGAUAUAUUGAUAUUUAAAAUGGUAGAAGAAUCAACAAAAGUAGGCAACAAAGAUGGAGCUCAAAAAAGUUGCUAUAGUUUUAUUAAUCAAAAUUUAAUAAAGAUUUUAAAUAAUUAAGAAUUAUCUAAUUUAUAUUUAGCUUUUUUAGAUAUUUUAAUAAAAGUGAAAGAAUCAGAUAAACAAUCAAAAUAAUUUUAUACUUUAAUUACAAAAUGUUUGAGUAAAUCAGUUGGAUAAGUUAAAAGCUAAUUUUAGUGGCAAUAAUUAUAAGCAAUUUUAGAAAAGAUGAAUAAAUAUUUGAUACUAUGUUAAAAACCAGAAUCUAAUUUAGAAUUUUAAGAAUCUCAAGAUUUCUUAUUAAAAGCACUUAAAUCUACAGUGAUUUAUUUAUUGCAUUUUAAUGAUGGUGUUAGAGUUAGUUAAUGUAUUAUGUAAUUAACAAAUGAGAAAUCAAUUUUAAGAAAUUGGUUAUUAGAAUUAUAAGAAAAUAAUUUAGCAAAAUAAAGAAGAUCAAGGGAUACUCACAUAAAUUAAAUUAUAGAAUUACUUAAAAUUGAUUUUGAUAAAACUGUAGAAUAAUUUGUUUCAAUAGUGAGAAGACAAAAUAUUCAUUGGAAGCCUUUAGUUGAAUUUUUAAGUUAAUAAUAAAUAAAAUUCAUUGAAUUAAGAUUGGAAUAGACUAAUCAUAUGAAUUUAUUAGAGAAAAAAGUAGGAGAAUUAGAGAAAAUGUUAAAUUAAUGA